AUGGCAAAGUCUGAUAAGAGCGGUGAUGGGAAAAUAGACAAGAUCGGGUUUAAUGUAGUUGGUAACAACCUUGGUCGUCGGAUGCUACUUCGGAAACGUCGAAAGGGAGAGACGGAAAGAUUGCAGAGUAGUGCGAGACGCGCGUAUUGUAGAGGACGGGACGCUACGCUAUCGGAGCGUGUAACCGAGCGCGUGAAAGACUAUUGGAACUCUGGUUCAAGCAAAUACAUUGACUAGACUAGAUAGAAAUUUAAGUCAAAAUCCGGGUGAGCCACAUAAACCAAAAGACUCC